AUUUGCUCAUUUGAUCUCCCAUGCUCUUUACACCUCCUAUUUGCUUUUUAAAAAGUAACAUUUGCUAUCUAUGGAAAGGCGGAUGAUCUACGAUAUUGUUAAUGUCCUCGAGAGCGUUGGGGUUCUUGCGCGGAAGGCAAAGAAUCAGUAUUCUUGGAAAGGAUUUGGGGCAAUCUCUAAUGCUAUACAGGAGCUUAAGAAGGGGUUCUGAAAGAGAACUUCAAUACUUUCCAUUGCAAUUUUCCGGCAACAAUGAUCCAAAAUGUUGCUGAGUUGGCAGAACUAGGACUGGUACCACAUGUCAUCACACUCAGAUGAAGGGUUUCGGGUAUUGUUGGGAUAUCAAAGCUUGUUGGAGGAGUGAAUAUGGUCCAACAGUCUAUUAUGCUUGCAAAGCGGCCACACAUUAUUGUACUUAUGCUGUUAUAUUCCCCUGAAGGUUGCUACACCUGCACACCUUAUGGAUCAUGUAUCCAACCCAAAAAGAUUUUCUCUUCGCACGUUGAAUUAUUUGGAAGAGUGGUUGAGUUGCUAGAAACUUUAGAAGCCAUGGCCCAAGACAACCAGCCAAUUCCACUGCGAGCCAUGAUUUUGAGCAGAAAGUAUCGAACACUGGUGAGCUCAUGGAUUGAACUUUUGCAAGAGGAAGCUGAACUUGGACAUGAUAUUGAUUACAUGGUCAGGUACAUUGUAGAGGGAGGGCUUACUGGUGAAUGCAAGCGAUGGGUGCCUCGAAGAGGGAAAACUCCACUAGAUCCUGAUGCUGAUGGUUUAUAUAUUCUAACCCUAUAUUGCAAAGGGAGGGCUUACUGUUAAUUUGUUUAAUAUUGGAGGCAGCAGAUGCAGCCAUGGAGAGUAACAUGAAGAUGUUUAAAUUUUUUGAUGUUGUAUUUUGUUUGAAAUUGUAUACGAAUUGUACAAUACAUUUUAGAAAUACAUGGUUGUAG